AUGUUGUUCUUUUUCCCUUUAGGAAAAUCGCACGUGUACACCCAACCCAACCGACACCAACCGUCCUCCGCAAUCCUCCUCUACCUCCAGUGUGCGACAAAUAAUACAGCUGACAAUGCACUCCACCGCCUCUUUGUGCAAGUCUUCUCGGAGGCCGCUUUUAGCAAACUACGUACUGAGAAGCAGCUGGGUUACGUUGUGAGUUUGGGCUGGCAUCGAUCGAGCUCCAUGCAAGGUAUCCGCGUUCUUAUCCAAUCUAAACUACACCCUAAGGACCUCGAUGUUCACAUUGAAGAAUUCCUAGCUAGUAUUGAUGACUUACUGGAAAACCUAACUCCGAAGGAAUUUAAAUGCCACAUCGAGUCCGUUGUUUCUGCACUUCUUGAGAAACCGAAAAAGAUGAAUCAGCAGAAUACACGAUACUGGUCUCACAUCGUGCAUCAGAUAUAUGAUUUUGACCAAAGUAAGUUCAUCUUCUGUAUUCACUCAUUUUAG